AUCAGUGAUUGAUCUUUCGUCUUUCUUCAACUUUUCAUCUCAAGAUCAUCAGCUUGUAGGAGGCAUUGCAAUGGUCGACACUCAAAUGAAACCUGUUGCUGCAUUGCUUUUGUUCCUUAAUUUCUGCAUGUAUGUCAUUGUGUUAGGCAUUGGUGCAUGGGCCAUGAAUAGAGCAAUUGAUUAUGGUUUCAUCAUUGGACCCGGAUUCAAGCUUCCAGCGCAUUUCGCACCCAUCUACUUUCCCAUGGGAAAUGCUGCCACCGGAUUCUUUGUGACAUUCGCUAUGCUAGCCGGAGUUGUAGGUGUAGCAUCAGCGAUAGCCGGUCUCAACCAUAUCCGUUCAUGGAAUGCGAGUAGCUUGCCAUCAGCAGCUUCGAUUGCAGGCGUUGCUUGGACCUUUACUCUACUAGCCAUGGGAUUUGCCUGCAAAGAAAUUGAGCUUGAAAUCAGGAAUGCUCAUUUGAGGACGAUGGAGGCAUUUUUAAUCAUACUUACAGUAACACAACUUGUCUACAUAGCAGCAAUCCAUGGCGGUGCUUGAUGCGUCUUUUAUCACUGAGGAGUUUUUAGCUUUGUGUUUUCCUUUUGAUUCUAGAAAUGUACAAAGAGGCCGGAGAUGGGCUGCUGCUGGUUGUGGUGUAAUUGGAUUUUUAUGUCUAUAUACAAUAAAGUGACUUUCUUGUUUGAUCGAAACACCAAA